AUGGGUCGUCUCAUUACGCUGGCAACAUGUUCCUUGAACCAGUGGGCUCUUGACUGGGAAGGAAACUGCGAGAGGAUUAUUGAGAGUAUUCGCCAAGCCAAAGCCGCCGGAGCCACCCUUCGCGUCGGUCCAGAGCUCGAAAUCACCGGAUAUGGCGUUCUCGACGGGUUCCUGGAGGGAGAUACAUUUCUCCACUCAUGGGAGAUGCUAGCCCGUAUUAUUGACCAUCCUGACUGCCAGGAUAUUGUGGUCGAUGUGGAUGGAAACUACCGAGAAAUGCGACACUUUACCCCAUGGCAGAGACCCCGGGAAGUUGAAGACUACUACCUCGAGCAAAUUGUCGGCAAGAUAACAGGACAGUAUAAGGUUCCCUUUGGCGAUGCGGUCAUUAGCACGAGAGAUACAUGCUUGGGACUGGAGACAUGUGAGGAACUGUUCACACCGAAUGGCCCCCAUAUUCCCUACAGUCUUGCAGGCGUUGAGAUCAUUUCGAACUCAUCCGGCAGUCACCAUGAGCUGAAGAAGCUUGAUACGCGCGUCAACCUCAUCACACAAGCCACAAAACUGAGCGGUGGUAUCUACCUGUAUGCAAACCAGCAAGGUUGUGAUGGUGACAGGCUCUACUACGAUGGAUGUGCUAUGAUUGUCAUAAAUGGGAAUAUCGUAGCUCAAGGAUCGCAGUUCUCACUAAACGAUGUGGAGGUUGUCACUGCAACCGUGGACAUUGAAGAAGUGCGCACAUACCGUGCCUCAACAAGCAGAAAUAUGCAAGCCAGCAGACAGCCCCCUUUUGUCCGUCUUGACCUUGACACGCGAUUGUCUCGUUCGGACGAAGACGCUGACCCUGGCAUUGCGCCGUCUGAGACGCUCAUACCCCGCUACCACGCGCCAGAAGAGGAGAUUGCCCUUGGACCUGCUUGCUGGCUGUGGGAUUACCUUCGGAGAAGUGGUGCCGCUGGAUUUUUCCUUCCUCUGAGUGGUGGGAUUGACAGUUGCGCUACUGCAGUAAUUGUCCACUCUAUGUGCAGGGAGGUUAUCAAAGCAGUACAACAAGGAAAUGAGCAAGUGAUCAAAGAUGUCCGCAGGCUCUGCGCAGAGCCUGCUGGCUCAACCUGGCUCCCCACAACAAGCCAAGAAGUCUGCAACUUCAUGGGCACGCAGAACUCUAGUAAAGAGACAAGAGACCGAGCAAAGGAGCUGGCUGCGGAGAUAGGGUCGUACCAUAUCGACUUCAACUUCGACACCGUUGUGACCGCUUUGAUGAAUCUAUUUACCGUCGUCACAAACUUUCAGCCAAGAUUUAAGGUCCACGGUGGUAGCCGCGCGGAAAACCAGGCGCUGCAGAACAUUCAAGCUCGUCUGAGAAUGGUCCUCUCUUACUUAUUCGCGUCGUUACUGCCCACAGUUCGCCAGCGCCCAGGCGGCGGUGGCCUUCUCGUUCUGGCGUCGUCCAAUGUAGAUGAAUGUUUACGAGGCUACCUGACUAAAUACGACGCGAGCAGCGCCGAUCUAAACCCCAUCGGUUCCAUUUCUAAAGUCGACCUCAAGAAAUUCAUUGGCCAUUGCGCAACCUCCUUCGACAUGCCUAUCCUAACCUCAUUCCUCAAUGCCACGCCCACAGCCGAGCUCGAGCCCAUCACAGCAACGUACGUGCAGUCCGACGAAGCAGACAUGGGCGUGACCUACGCCGAACUUGGCACGUUCGGUUACCUGCGCAAAGUGUCCAAGUUGGGCCCUUGGAGCAUGUACGAGCGCCUGCUGCACAUGUGGGGUAAUGAGUAUUCUCCCCGAGAGAUCUAUGAGAAAACACGACACUUCUUCUAUAAUUAUGCGAUUAACCGUCAUAAGAUGACUGUUAUCACGCCAAGUUAUCAUGCUGAGCAGUAUAGCCCUGAUGACAAUAGGCACGAUUUAAGGCAGUUCCUUUAUCCUCCUUUCACUUGGGCAUACAAGAAAAUGGAAGAAAGCGUCAAGUACUGGGAAGAAAGGGGCUGGACGACAGGAAAAGCGCAGAAAAAGAGCGUCAAGGCGGAUUAG